UUAUUUUAAAACACCAUACGGUUAAUUAAACACUCCUGUGUUACUUAAAAAUACACGAUUUAGUUUAUUUUUGGUCCGAAUAGAGCGUCGAGUAGUGUUCGUUAAUUAUUGAAAAAGACAAAAUGUUUUAUCGUGCUAAAUAAUGGGAAAAUUUAGGUGAAAAUGCGGUCGUUAUUUCUGUUAUGCGGCAUUACAGUGCUCGUGGUGCUAAUAAAUUGCGAAAAAAAAAUCAAAAACGAGGUGGGAGCCUUGGAGACGCCCCCAAAGAAGUUCAUUGGCAGGAUCGAACAUGGAAAAGUCAAAGUGUUAAGAAGCAAACAACCUAAUGAAGAGUUUUGCAAUAAAAAGGGCCAAAGUUGCCAGAAAACGGAGGAAGAAGAGGAUGGAGACUCAAGCGAGGAACCUAAAAGGCAAAAAAUUAAAUACAGCAUCAAAUUCCGUCACGAAAAACAGAAAAAAUCCGAAAAGAACAACGGAGACAUGAACAUCAUGAGGCUGCACAAGAACAGCCGCAAGAAGUACGGGCUGUUGAACUAUAUGUUAUGCCUGAAGGGCACUAAUAGGGCAUUUAGUGGUAGGAACGUUAAAAGUGUUUGUGUCGGCAAAUAUGUUCUCCUUUUUUACAAUGACUUAGAAUAGGAAACGCGACUACUACGACGACGACGACUCCAGUGAGGAGGAGGACGACAGCCCGAUCAAGAAGAGGUUCAGGGAGAUGGACGAUGACGACUAAAACUGCUCGGCAACGUUGUAUUAUUAAUUUUAGUUAUGAUUUUUCCCCCGGUUUGUGAUAAGACUUUUAGAAAAUAAACAUUUCAGUAUUCAA